GGUGUGAUGUUAUAAGGCUGCGCCGCACUCCUGCAUCUGUUGUGAUUCGGCUGAAGAAAGGACAAACACAGAGAAAAAGAUGGAGUUUAUUAAAGAGGAGAUUGAAGACAUAAAGAUGGUGUUUAUUAAAGAGGAGAGUGAAGACAUAAAGGUUGAAGAAACAUUCAUGAAACAAGAAGAUACUGAGGAACAAACAGACCUGAUGGCACUGAAAGAGGAGAGUAAAGUACUGAAUGAAAUGGAAGAGAAAUAUCAAAAUAACAAUCAUCAUGAUUUCUUUCCUGGAGAAAAAUCGUGUAGUUGCUCACAGAGUGAAAACACUUCAUCGCAAAAAAUGGCUCAAAAGACAGGGACUAGAAGUCAUUUCAGCUGCAAACAGUGUGGAAACAGAUUCAAUCAAAACACAAGCUUUAACAGGCAAACAGAAAUUCACACUGAGAAGCCUUACACGUGCCCUCAAUGUGGAAAGAUUUUUUAUCAUAAAGGACACUUUGAAGACCACAUGGUAGUUCACACUGGAGAGAAGCCUUUCACCUGCCAACAGUGUGGAAAACGUUUCACCCGAACAAAAAGUCUUAAAUACCAUAUGAGGAUUCACACUGGAGAGAGCCCUUUCACCUGCCAACAGUGUGGGAAAAGUUUCACCCAAAAAGGACACCUUCAUCACCACAUGAGAAUUCACACUGGAGAGAAGCCUUUCACCUGCCAACAGUGUGGAAAAAGGUUCACCCGAAAAGAAAAUGUUAAAUACCACAUGAGAAUUCACACUGGAGAGAGCCUUUUCACCUGCCAACAGUGUGGAAAAAGUUUCACCCAAAAAGGAAGUCUUAAUAACCACAUGAGAAUUCACGCUGGAAAGAUCCUUUUCACCUGCCAAAAGUGUGGAAAUGGUUUCUAUAGAGAAGAAACCCUUAAAGUCCACAUGAGAAUUCAUACUGGAGAAAAGCCUUUCACCUGCCAACAGUGUGGAAAGUGUUUCAACCAAAAAGGAAGCCUUAACAGGCACGUGAGAGUUCACACUGGAGAGAUCGUUUUCACCUGCCAACAGUGUGGAAAGAGUUUCAACCAAAAAGGAAGCCUUAAAAUUCACAUGAGAAUUCACACUGGAGAGAUCCUUUUCACCUGCCAAAAGUGUGGAAAUGGUUUUUAUAGAGAAGAAACCCUUAAAGUCCAUAUGAGAAUUCAUACUGGAGAGAAGCCUUUCACCUGCCAACAGUGUGGAAAGAGUUUCAACCAAAAAGGAAGCUUUAACAGGCACAUGAGAAUUCACACUGGAUAGAAGCUGUUUUUAUGUGGUCAGUGUGGAAAGAGUUUCAAAUGAGGAUGAGGGUUCACGUAUGAACAGUUUUAUGUAUUCAGUGUGGAAUGAGUUUUACAGACAGGAAACACCUGUAAUAACUGUAUUAGAUGUUGUUUGUUAAAACGGAUCUGUAUUUAGCAUGAUUCUCAAUGCUUGUCGCCUUAAUGACAAAGGAAACUCGUUGAGUGUGGAAUCUGUCUAAAAUUGAUGCCAGACAUCAAAUCCUUAACAGCUGAAAAGCAGCAUGACCCUCUCAUUAGUUAGUGUCAGGAAGCCUGUUGAGCAGAGUGUUGGACUGUUCUUUACUAAGUUUACAAAGUUACAUAUUUUGAUGUCAUAUGUAAAUAGUAUGCAGUGUUAUGGAUUUGCAGUAUAUUUGUAAAAAGAUUGGUUCACAUCAGGGGUUCCCAAACACAUUCCUGGAGCCUCCCCAACACUGCAUGCUUUCCAUGUCUCCUUAAUCAGACACACCUGAUUCAGAUCAUCAGCUCAUUAGUCAAAACUCCAAGACCUGAAAUGGGUGUGUCAGACAAAGGAGACAUGGAAAACAUGCAGUGUUAUGGAGGCUCCAGGAAUGUGUUUGGGAACCCCUGGUUUACAUAAUCUUAACGUCACCAGAAUAUGAUUUAGUGUACAUAAUUCACUUGACAACUGGAAAUAAAUUGAUUACAAACUGGUAUUAUACAUA